CCCGUUGAAUUUUUCGCGGCCCGCACGGCCGCCUUCCAUUGGUCUAAACCAAAAUGAAAAAUGGCCAAUCGCAGGGCUGCCUUUUCGCACCCCGACGACGCCCUAAAGAGCGCUUUCUGUCCCUCUCGGGACACUGGUGAGUGACUCCACCGCUGGGCUUUUGAACAUGUCUGGACGCGGCAAACAGGGCGGUAAGGCUCGCGCCAAGGCGAAGACGCGUUCGUCCCGUGCCGGGCUGCAGUUCCCGGUGGGGCGCGUGCACCGCCUGCUGCGCAAAGGCAACUACGCUGAGCGCGUGGGCGCCGGCGCCCCGGUGUACAUGGCGGCCGUGCUCGAGUACCUGACGGCCGAGAUCCUGGAGCUGGCGGGCAACGCGGCGCGCGACAACAAGAAGACGCGCAUCAUCCCGCGCCACCUGCAGCUGGCCAUCCGCAACGACGAGGAGCUCAACAAGCUGCUGGGCAAGGUGACGAUCGCGCAGGGCGGCGUGCUGCCCAACAUCCAGGCCGUGCUGCUGCCCAAGAAGACCGAGAGCCACCACAAGACCAAGGGCAAGUGAGGUCCGCAGGACUUGGAAACUCAAAUUUUCUAUUAAACCAAAAGGCUCUUUUCAGAGCCACCCACAUUUUCAGCAAAAGAACUUAAUAUUUCUUGGCCCUUUGUCCUGAUUCAACUUCAGUCUUAUUGACAGCUAGGAAAUAUCCAUGCCCUUUUUUUUCUACUUUGCUAAAACUACUUCCGAUGCUAGUAUAAAUGAGGUUCUGGAGUAUAAAAAGGCUGACAGCAUGUAGCAUUGGUAAAGGCACUUUGCCACCCCUUCCUGUACACUACUCCAGCGUUAUGUUUUGUAGAUUUUCAGAAGCUAUGCGACUCAUAAUUUGUCCUUAGUCCUUGAAUGUCAUCCAAGUUAUUAAAUUUAACGUGCAAGGAUUAGAUGGUGCGUUUUGCAAGUUUGUAGGCAGAUUUGUUGCAUAAUGUGAAAGUACGUAAGAGUGGAGAAAAAUACUGAACUAUUUAUCUUGUAGGUGCUCUAUUAGGACUAAGCCUCUGGGAGUCUGAGGGAACAGGAUCCAAAGUCAAACCCAGUGUAGGCAACUUAGCAAGACCAUGUAUCAAAAUACAAAAUAAAACGCUGCCUGGAGAUGUAACUCUUUGUGAAAGCCCUGUGUUCAAUCCCCGGUACCAGAAAAAGUUGAAUACCAUCACCUUUGUUAAAUUACAUAUUCUAUGUUUAUACAAAAAUUAAACACUCCAGCUAUUCAAUUUGAGACACUAAAGAAUCUGACAAACUUCAGGUAUUCAUUAUAGGAAAGACAAAAUUCUACCUGUAUCCUCAGGGUUUUUGGUGACUGGGCCUCAGAAUUAAACUGACAGAACAUUAACAAGAGAAAACCAUCCAAAUGAAUUUAAACUUUAUGGGACACAGGCACCCUACUAAGAAAUGGAAGAGCUGCCUGGGUUUUAGCUUAGUUGGGCUGCGCCCGCCUGGCAAGGUUGUGAGUUCGACCCCACCACCACCACCUACCAGAAAGAAAGAAAAUGAAGACCUAAAGAAGUAGCAAACACUAAAUGCCACUUUAAUAGAGAAAACUAAAACAUCCGUGAAGGAGCAACAAAGUUUGUGGGCAGGCUAAAGGAUAGUAAAAAUCUUAGUGACAGGGUCUGCUUGUACAGAAUUCCUUUCUGUUCAGUUUCUGUCCUGUUGGUUGCUGCCCUUGUCAUCAUGGACUGCUUCAAAAAAACGUGUGGAUUCAGAUGAGGGAGCUUUCUGUCAUGAAAUUUUACUAAUUUUUAAAGUAUAAAUGUCAUUUAAAAUGUUCUCCGAGUAACAACUGAUGCUGAGAAAAUAAAAUUAAAAUCGCCUCCAAAUCGAAUAAGCAUUAAACCAGGGAAUGAAACAUCACAGGCAAUCUUAUAACGAGAUUGCAAAAGCAGAAAGAAAUCUUGCUCUUCCGAGCAGCUACACUAGAGGGGUUUUGUGUUUGGCCUUUUGGCUGUCAUGCCCGCCUCCUCCUGGGCCAGGGACACGGGCCCGCCUUCCAUGUUGGUCACUGCAUUGCAGACAUGGCCCUCCGGUUUCUGAAGAGACAUCCCAGUUUAGUCGGAAAAGGCUGAGUCAGCCAUUCAAAGGAUUUACUUAUAUAUGAAAAAGGUAAGGAAAGAAAUUCUGAAGGAGAGACAGGAAAGACAGGGAAGACUCUUCUGUUGGCACCAGAGAACUAAGGCUUUUAUUUUUAAUUCAGCGUUGCCCUUGCCCUAGCUUGGUCCAUGAACCUGUACUACGGACUCCUUCAACCACUGAUACUGAAUUCAGCUGCUGCUAUCUGAAUCCCUUUAGCUUUGUUUUUCAAAAAGUGUUUGGGAAGUUCUUUUUUAUUGCAACUUAACUAUGGAAAACUUUUGAAAAAUUUUAUUGAAAAGCCUAUCUUCAUUUUCUUAUACAUUUAUUUUAUGAAAUUAAAGUGGAAAACCUUGGAAAUGCUGUAAUGCAAGCAUAAGGAAAUCAUUACAAAAAAGUAGCAAGAAAAUCGUCAAGCAAUGGAGAUUGCACACAGAUGUCGGGAAAAGUCAUUAAAAUGCCUUCGAAUGUAAGCAAAGUAAAUUUUCUUAAAACAAGUAUAUGCAACCAAAAAUAUGAGGUAUACAGUAAUUAUUUUAAUGAAAAGCUUUCCUAAAGCAUAC